GUGGCCCAGUUCGGAGUGCUAGUUCCGUAUACAGGGCACUGUAUAAAUAUCUGGGCCUCUGCAGUUGACGACAGUUGCAGUUGCACCGUCUCUCCACCGAGUACAACAUGAAGUUUGCCACACUGACCCUCCUCUUCGCCCUUGUGGCUCUGUCAGCCGCCGCUCCAGGCUUCAAGAAGGGCGGCUUCGGAGGAGGAGGCUUUGGGAAGAAAGGGUUCGGCGGAGGCUUCGGUGGAGGCUUCGGCGGAGGCUUCGGCGCCCCUAUCAUCCCAAUUGUCCAGCCAGUGCCAGUCUUCGCUCCUCCAAUCCACGUGGUCCACAAACCCAUCCACGUCGGAGGACUGUACGGAGGUGGCUUCGGAGGUGGCUUCGGAGGUGGCUUCGGAGGCUUCGGAGGCGGUUUCGGACACAAGGGCUUCGGAGGAGGCUACGGUUACGGAAAGUAAACAAAGCCAGCCAAGCUAACCUCUCGCCUUGUGUGCGAAACCAAAGAUGAUGAUCCAAAGGAAAGAUCCAGAUGGAUGAACAAUUUCUUCUUCUAAUUCUACUUCUUCAUCUUCUUCUUCUACUUCUUCUUCUGUGACUCUUUCAUAGGAUGACCAGAGGAGAGAUAUAGGUAGAUGAACUACUACUACUUCUAAUUCUUCAUCUUCUUCUUCUUCUGUGACUCUUUCAUAGGAUGAGGGGGCUUGUUUUGGUAACUUUUGCCGCUGACAACAAACAAGUGAACCUCUACCGGGUUUUCUGGUUGAUUCUCUUGCCAGUGUCAACUGAAAGAUGCCCAAAACUAAUCCCCCCUUAUACCAUGUGCCUGCCGCAAACUUUAUACCGUUCGAUCCAUCAAUGUUCCGUGUUCAUAAACCGAAUGAUUGCCGCAUAUUGUGGAUAUUCGUUCGUUACCUCUUUUUAAGUCAAUGGUGUGACUGUUACCAAAAAUAUUUUUUUGAUACAAUGUAAUUUACAUUUUUUUCCGACUUUGGAUUACGUAAAUUUCCAAUUUAAACGAGUUGUAUUACUGUUCUUUGAGAGAAGAAUAAAGUGUACAAUUAUAGAAA